AUGAGAACGGUGUCCAGUGGGCACCACCUGGCCCUGGUGUCCACUGGGGGCUCACCGGCACCAGACUGGCCACCGCCCAUGCCAUUUCCUUCUGUGCUGCUGGGGGCCGCGGGCCUCAUGCUUCCGGGCAGCCGGAGCCGCUGGACCUGUCCUGUCAGGGCCGCCACGUGUCUGCGCCUCUCCCUGCUGGGGGACCCCUUCACCACGGCCGGCAUCACCAGUGUGGACCCCCAGAAGAAUGCUUCCUUCUACGAGAAGUCUUCCCUGAUUGACCCCUCUCGAGAACACCAGAAGGGCUGGGACGAGCUAGAGCCCCCAGAGGGUCUGAAGCUGCCCCACGUGACAGGGGCAGGCAUACCGAGGAAGAUGAGCCACGCUCCUCGGCUUCGAGGGGAGCGGAGGCCAAGUGUGGCCUCCCUACAGGGCUGUGACACCCAGGCGAAGACACAGCAUGGCCACCUGCAGAGCCACAGGGCCCGGAUCCACCAGCAAAUGGACAAGGUUCUACGGAUGCGGGCGGGGGCCGAGAACCUCUACAGAGCCACCAGCAACGCGCGGGUCAGGGAGACGGUGGCCCUGGAGCUGAGCUACGUCAACUCCAGCCUGCAGCUGCUGAAGGAGGAGCUGGAGGGGCUCAGCUGCAGCGUGGACGCGGAUGGGGCCGGGAGUGACGGUAUCACUGUCCCCAUGAUCCCCCUGGGGCUGAAGGAGACCAAGGAGCUGGACUGGUCCACGGCCCUGAAGGAGCUGAUCUCCGGGCACUUCGGAGAGGACAGCACCUCCUAUGAGGCGGAAAUCAGGGAGCUGGCGGACCUGCGGCAGGCCAUGCGGACACCCAGCCGGAGCGAGGCAGGCCUGGAGCUGCUGGCAGCCUACUACAACCAGCUGUGCCUCCUGGACGCGCGCUUUGUCCCCCCCGGCCGGAGCCUGGGGCUGCUCUUCCACUGGUACGACUCGCUCACGGGGGUCCCGGCCCAGCAGCGGGCCCUGGCCUUUGAGAAGGGCAGUGUGCUUUUCAACAUUGGAGCUCUCCAUACCCAGAUCGGGGCUCGUCAGGACCGCUCCUGCCCCAAGGGCGCCAGCCGGGCUGCGGAGGCCUUUCAGAGGGCUGCUGGAGCCUUCAGCCUCCUGAGGGAGAAGUUCUCCCACGCCCCAAGCCCUGACAUGAGCCCCGCCUCGCUCUCCAUGCUGGAGCAGCUCAUGACCGCCCAGGCUCAGGAGUGUGUCUUCGAGGGCCUCUCAUUGCCGGCCCCCGCGGUCCCCCACGACUGCCUGGCCCAGCUGCACCUAGCUCAGGAGGCCGCCCAGGUGGCAGCCGAGUACGAGCUGGUGCAUAGGACCAUGGCCCAGCCACCUGUCCGCGAAUACGUGCCCUUCACCUGGACCACGCUGGUGCACGUCAAGGCCAAGUCCUUCCACGCCCUGGCCCACUACCACGCGGCUGUGGCCCUCUGCGGCGGCCCCUCGGCCCCGCCGGAGCUCCUGGCUCUGCAGCAGGUCUUCCGCGGGCCCCCGGCCCCGUCACUGCCGCAGGAGCCAGAGGAGCGCAGGAAGCUGGGAAAGGCCCACCUGAGGCGGGCCAUCCUGGGCCAGGAGGAGGCGCUGCGGCUGCACGCCGUGUGCCGCACACUGCGCAGGGUAGACCUGCUCCAGGCCGUGCUGGCCCAGGCGCUGCGGCGCUCGCUGGCCAAGUACUCGGAGCUGGACCUCGAGGACGACUUCUUCGAGGCCACCGAGGCCCCCGACAUUCAGCCUAAGACACGCCAGAGGCCGGAGGUCAGGGUCCCCAGCUUGUCCCAGGGGAAGGCGGCUGACAUCUUCCACCGGCUGGGGCCCCUGUCCGUGUUCACAGCCAAAAACCGCUGGCGGCUGGUGGGGCCCGUCCACGUGACCCGAGGGGAGAGUGGCUUUGGCUUCACGCUGCGGGGAGACUCACCCGUCCUCAUCGCUGCCGUCGUCCCGGGGGGCCACGCUGCAGCCGCCGGCCUGCAGGAGGGCGACUACAUCGUGUCUGUGAACGGGCGGCCCUGCAGGUGGUGGAAGCAUGCCGAGGUGGUGGCCCAGCUGAAGGGUGCAGGCGACGAGGGCGUGAGCCUGCAGGUGGUGACGCUGCUGCCCAGCACUGAGCCACCCAGCACAGGGGAUCGCCGGCCAGCCCUGCGGGGACUUCUGAGAAGCCAGAAGGAGUGUGGCUGGGAGACUCCGGCGCCGGCACAAGCCAGCCCCAGGCCUCUGCUUGGCUGGAGCUGCAAGGCCAAGAGGGGCAAGACCGUGGGGAGGCCGCCCCCAGCCUCCCAGCCCUGAGCUGCAGCACCCGCACCCUCUGGGCGCCUGGCAAGGCCGUGAGGGGCGGGCUCCCUGCAUACCUGGCCCCCGCGCAGGCUCCAGCUGGUGUCUUCCCCACCCCAGAGGACCCUCAGGCCAGUUUGCCGCUCAGUCCAAUGCCCAGGUGCCCAUUAAAGACAGUGUCAGAUGA